AUGAAAACAUGGCCAACGGUGGUCCACGAGGACGCUGCCGACGAGGAGCUGGAACUGUGGCGGUCGUUACCGCCCGAACUGCGCAACCCACCCGUCUCGGAAAUCUUUGCUAGUCGCUUCUUUGGCCAGAAAACCAUAAAUGAGCGUUCACUCAGCGAAAAAAUCCCACAGCCGUUGGAAAUGAACACGACAAGCAUCCUCUUCGGCACUUCCAACCUGGCUCCCGUACCACACCCAGAACCACGCAUGGUCCUUCACCUGUGGCAGACCUUCAUCGACAGUGUCAACCCUGUCAUGCGAAUUGUACACGUGCCGACGACACAUCAGCAGAUUGUUGAUGCGAGCUGGGAUCCUGCCAACUCACCGCCGGCCACUGGUGCGUUGAUGUUUGCUGUAUAUGCGCUGGCCCUGACAUCGAUGACUAUUUCCGAGUACGCCGACAUGUUUACAACCACAAAGACGAGACAAACAUCAGAUGAAGCUGUCCCGCCCAAAAGGGAACUUCUGGCAAAAUACCGUAUGGGUGCCAUGCAGUGUCUUGUGGCCGCCGGUAUAUUGACGACGCGCCGCCUCGACGUCCUUCGCGCCUUUACGCUGUUUAUCCUCGCCGAGCCGGACUCGGAGCUGUGCAGCACCCUGGCUGCCACAGCUGUACACCUGGGCCUAAGCUGGGCCUGCACCGAGAGACGAGCAAGAGCUCACCGGAAGAUUCUCGGCAUCGACGCCCGCAUGCGUCUGGCCGUCAGUCUCAGCCACACCAACAGCAUUAGCACGAUGGGAAGCUACAAGCAUAGGAGAAUUGCGACGGGAGGCAACUACUUUGGCAGCAGCAUGCCACUGUCCGAUUUGGAUGACCUUCGGCUGCCACUCAACGUGAACGACGCAGACUUGCACCCGGACAUGACGUGUGCGCCAGUAGAGCAUGCUGGGCCGACCGAGAUGCUCUAUGUCAGAGUCAAGUACCAUACGGCUCCAUGGAUGCAAACGUUUGCGCAGAAGAAAUUUGCUUCGAGCACCAGUGGCGAUUUGGGAGAGGUGUCCACGCCCGCAGGCCACCUAUUCCACACUCAGACUUUGCCAGCCAUGAAGAACUGCGCCAUUGACGAGCUUGAGCAGCUGUACACGAACAUAUGCCAUCAGUUUGCCGACCCACGAAUCCCGCUGCACGCCGUGAGCUCGAGCAUGGCGCGUAUGGCUGUUGCACAGCUGCGGUUUCAGGCAUACCACCCGCGGACGUCGGCUGCACAACCACCAUCACAACCACCAUCUGCAUUAGCAAACGGGGAACAGGUAUCUGUGAUACCCGCAUUCUCACGAUACAACGCCGACGCCACGUUCCAGCAUGCUCUGAGCAUUCUAGAGAUGUGCUUUGAAUGCCGACAGGUGGCCGGUGUGGGCAAUGGUUUCGCAGCGUUUCAGCUGCUUGCCGAUUUGGUGAUGCGUGUAGUGAUGGAUGCGAUAGUGUAUGUUCUAUGCAUGCUGCGGGUGCGGACAUGCGGCGGGAACGAUGAUGAAGAAGAGCGAGCCAAAAUCGACUCGGCCUGGCGCAUGAUUGAGUUGUUCUACAAAGAGUACGCCGAGGACCUUGCUGCGGCCACAAGUGCUUACGAGCCGCACUUAUUGCAUAUGCACCACAAUGCUAGUCUCACGAGAGAACCCAGAAACAACGAUGCAACCGCAGAGGAGAACCGAAAACUGGCGUCGGGAGCCACGUUCGUUGCUGCUUUUACGGACUUGACGCUGGAGGCUUUUGAUGCUCAUGAAAAGGCUUGGCUCGGUCUGGGGAAGGGAGCUCUCAUCACGCCAGAAUUUAUCGCCGAACUUCGGGCACAGAAAAAUACACAAAGAGAAUUUCUCGAUCCAUCGUCAGCGGCCGUGACCGGAUUGGGUGAGAUGCUGUUACAAGCAGACGACUUUGCCAUGGACUGGGAAUAUCUGAACAACCUGUUGCAAAUAUGA